UCCAUUUUCACCCCUAAAAGCCAAAAGCAGCAGCUCAACGCAGAGCAUAAGAAAGCAGAAGCGCAGUGGUGGCGGAAGAUGACGGAGGUGGCAAGAUCAGUGGUGCACGACGUUUUGGGACAAAGAGUCGUCGACGUAGACCAACCAAUUGUCGAUUACAUUGUCAACGUCCUCGCAGACGAUGACUUCGACUUUGGCCUCGACGGCGAAGGCGCAUUCGAAGCCCUCGGCGAGCUCCUCGUUGCCGCCGGCUGCGUCGACGAUUUCUCCGAGUGCCGCUCUGUGUGCAGCACGUUGUGCGACAAGUUCGGGAAGCACGGUUUGGUGAAGGCGAAACCCGCUGUGCGGAGCCUGGCGGCGCCGUUUCGAAUGAAUGAAGGUUUGGACGACGUCCAAGCUCCCAAGAAGAAGCCCGAGCCUGUCGACGGCCCACUGUUAUCGGAACGUGACCGUCUAAAGCUCGAGAGAAGGAAGCGCAAGGAUGAACGUCAGCGAGAGGCACAAUACCAAAUGCACUUGGCGGAGAUGGAGGCGGCACGAGCAGGUAUGCCGUUGGUGUGUGUGAGGCAUGAGAGUGCUGGGGGACCAAACGUGAAGGACAUUCACAUGGAGAAUUUCAAUAUCUCGGUUGGUGGGCGGGAUCUAAUUGUUGAUGGUUGUGUCACACUUUCGUUUGGAAGGCAUUAUGGUUUGGUAGGAAGGAACGGGACAGGAAAAACCACUUUUCUUAGACACAUGGCUAUGCAAGCCAUCGAUGGUGUUCCAAGGAAUUGUCAAAUAUUGCACGUGGAGCAAGAGGUGACAGGUGAUGAUACCACAGCCUUGCAGUGUGUCCUCAACUCUGACAUUGAGAGGACUCAACUUAUUGAAGAAGAAGCUCAGUUAGUUGCCCAACAGAGGGAAUUUGAGGACAAAAUUGAAAAGGGUGACUCAAAUGGAAUGGUUGGCAGGGAUAGCAUUUCACAGAGGCUUGAGGAAAUAUAUAAGAGGCUUGAACACAUUGAUGCUGAUUCUGCAGAGGCACGAGCAGCAUCUAUAUUAGCUGGUUUGAGUUUCCUUCCUGAGAUGCAGAAGAAGGCAACAAAAACAUUUUCAGGAGGAUGGCGGAUGCGCAUAGCUCUUGCUCGUGCACUGUUUAUAGAGCCUGAUAUAUUGCUUCUUGAUGAGCCUACGAAUCAUCUUGAUCUUCAUGCUGUCUUAUGGCUUGAGUCAUACUUGGUUAAAUGGCCAAAAACAUUUAUUGUUGUUUCACAUGCGAGAGAAUUUUUAAACACGGUGGUUACUGAUAUAAUUCACUUGCAAAACCAAAAGUUGACUACAUAUAAAGGAAAUUAUGAUACUUUUGAGAGGACCCGAGAAGAACAAAUUAAAAAUCAGCAGAAAGCAUUGGAGGCAAAUGAGCGCGCAAGAUCUCAUAUGCAGACCUUUAUUGACAAGUUCCGUUAUAAUGCAAAGAGGGCAUCACUCGUUCAAUCUAGAAUCAAGGCUUUGGAGCGAAUGGGCCAUGUGGAUGAGAUUGUUAAUGAUCCUGACUACAAAUUUGAGUUCCCCACUCCGGAUGAUAGACCUGGUCCACCGAUUAUAAGUUUCAGUGAUGCUUCAUUUGGUUAUUCUGGGGGCCCCAUUCUUUUUAAGAAUUUGAACUUUGGGAUUGAUCUUGACAGCCGUAUUGCAAUGGUUGGACCAAAUGGUAUUGGCAAAUCAACUAUACUUAAGUUAAUUGCUGGGGAACUUCAGCCCAGUUCAGGGACUGUCUUCCGUUCUGCUAAGGUUCGUAUAGCAGUGUUCAGUCAGCACCAUGUUGAUGGUCUGGACUUAUCCUCAAAUCCUCUACUGUAUAUGAUGCGCUGCUAUCCUGGAGUUCCAGAACAGAAGCUUCGAGCUCACUUAGGUUCUUUUGGUGUAACUGGAAAUCUUGCACUGCAGCCAAUGUAUACUUUGUCAGGUGGUCAGAAAAGCAGGGUUGCCUUUGCAAAGAUAACUUUUAAGAAGCCACACAUAAUAUUGCUUGAUGAGCCUUCCAAUCAUCUGGAUUUGGAUGCUGUAGAGGCGCUUAUCCAAGGUCUUGUCCUGUUCCAAGGAGGCAUUCUAAUGGUGAGUCACGACGAACACCUUAUCUCGGGAAGCGUGGAGGAACUAUGGGUUGUAUCCGAAGGAAGAGUGACACCAUUCAAUGGCACCUUCCAAGAUUAUAAGAAGAUACUCCAAUCAGCCUAGGAACAGAACAGAGACCACUCUUUGGUAAUUGGAAGAUACCUGGAUGACAUUUUUCUGCUAUUUGUCUCAGCAUGGGAGGGAAUAUACAAGUUUUAACAUUUAUAAUUUCUGUAAGGUCUACACAUUUUAUUUUGUAUUUGUUUAUUACAAAAACAUCAAUGUGAUUCCACUACACAAUCACGUUGCAACAUCAAUGUCUGUAGACUCACUGGAAUGAAAGAAAAGGGUAUUGUUUGUGGUAAGAAAAUUGUGACAGCACCAGAGAAUAUAUGGUCUUGCCAUUGUUGAAAAUGACCCAAUAAGAAAUUCGCAAUGAAGAAUGUUUAUUCAUGUA